AUGCAGAGCGCACACAGUCGUGAGAAGACCCUGGUGUUCCAGAGAGAAGGAGAAUAUGCGGUUGCGCAGGCGACCAUGCCUCUGAAUGUGGGGUAUGAGUUGGAGGGUGCCCAACGAACGGGCCACCGGCAACAGAUCAUAAAGAUAUUUCCAUUCUGCGUUCGAUGUGUGGGAAUAGAAACCAGUUCUUUCGGGCAAGGAUCCAGGACAUCUGCAGCCAUUGUGUCUGCAUGCAUGGCGCUAAACAGAAACGAUGGAAUUGGCGGGUUGGCAGGGUACUGUCAGGCCAAGUCAUUAGAACAUCCAAGGUAUGUUGCGUAA